AUUGCUGACCACGUGAAAGAAGUGGGGGAUAUUUCUCGUUAAACGCCUUAGAGCAAGAGUCGAUGUUUUUAAAAUGGCCAUGUCUUCUACCUGUGCACAGCUGUGUCUACGAUGCAGAGGUUUCCUUGGCUCAAAGACUAGCACUCGACUGCAUUACAUUCAGUCUCAUCACUGGCGUAUUUGGACAGCCAACUCGAAAUCGCUCAGUAAUGGGUUGUUCACUAAUGGGAGCUUCACAUCAACUCAAACAAGACAGAGGUUGAAACAACAUAUGUGCUACUACAACAACUUGACAGUAAAAUAUCUGACAACAGAAGCUAAGGAAAAUAAAAAUGCAGACGACACAGUAAGAAGUACUGACGGUGCUAACCUUCCCCAGAUGCCAAACACAACUGCUUUGUCUAUUCCUGAAAAUAUGAAUUCCUUAGAUCUGGAUGCUUUUAAUGAACCUUCAGCUUUGGAGGAGAUCAGUGAUGAAGAAGCUGUUACUAUUCCUUUUCCCACCAUCCCACCAUCCUCAACAUCUCUUAGAGACUACGUUGGCAAGUCGGAGACCUUGACAAACCUCGUACAACUCGGGGUUGAUUUGUGGAAGCUGGAACAAAGGCCCAAUGUUGGCUCCAUGUUGCUGAGACUUGACUUCAGCACAGAUGUUGCACCUCGGCUGCUGUUUCUCAAAAAUAUUGGAGUGGAGGACUCGCGCUUAGGCUACAUUAUCUCUCACAACCCUUUCAUUCUCACUGAGGAGCUGGAGAACCUUCAGACCAGGGUAAACUAUCUCGUGUCAAAGAAGUUCAGUACAGAAACCGUUGCAUCUAUGGUGUCCAAAGCUCCUUACCUGCUCAACUUUGAUGUGAAGAGGCUGGACAACAGACUGGGUUUUUAUCAGCAUCAACUCAAACUCAGUGCUUCUAAUACGCGGAACAUUAUAGCUCGUCUUCCCAGAUUACUGUGUGGCAGCUUGGAGCCUGUUAAAGAAAAUUUAAAGGUGUAUGAGAUAGAGCUUGGAUUCAAGCUAAAUGAGAUCCAGCACAUGGUCAUUGCUGUUCCUAAGAUGCUGACAGCCAAAAAACAGAAACUCACACGGAUAUUUGACUUCCUUCACAACACCAUGAAAGUUCCUCAUCACUUGAUAACAAAGUUCCCUCAGGUCUUCAACACUAAUCUCUUGCGUCUCAAAGAGCGUCACUUGUUCCUGGAGUAUCUUGGAAAAGCUCAGUACGACCCAACCCUGCCCAACUUCAUCUCCCUGGACCGCUUGGUGUCGUUGCCAGAUGAGACUUUUUGCACAGAGAUGGCUUUAGCCACACUGGAAGAUUUGUAUUUGUUUCAAAAGACACUUUGAUUCUUCCUGAUGGGACAUUAGAAUGAUUUGAGCAGUAAAGAAUAAAUGACAUAAUGCCCGGUCUAAUCCUCUGUGAAAGUCC